AUGUCAGAAGAGGAAGGAAAAAAAGGUAUAACUGAGGAAAUAACAAACGAAAAAUCCGAAUUAACUAAUGAAGAAGAUAAGCAAGAACAUGUCACAGAAAAAACAGAGGAAGACGAAGAAACUGAAGAAAUUUUAGAGGAAGAUGUAAAAGAACUUAACGAAGAAGGUAAAAGAAUGGUAGAGUUAAAGAAAGUUGGAGAAAGAAAACAAGAAAAAAAACAUGAAGUUACUUCUCAAGAACUUACGGCUGGUAAGAAGGUAAUUGAGGCAUUAGAAAAAAGAAAACAAGCACAAAGUCAUGAAGAAGAAUUACUUAAAAAAAUUAAAGAUGAAGAUGUUGUUCCACAUGAAGGAGAAACAAUAGAACAAGCUAAAGAACGAAUUGUUCAAGAAAUGAUUGAAAAAGAAAGAAAAGGAAGUAUUUUUGAAGAUACAGAUAGAGCUAAAGAUAAGAAAUUGAUUAGUAACAUGUUUGAUGUUGAUGUAGCACCAUAUGAUACAUUAUUUGACAUUCAAUGGGGAAUGAGAUCAAAUACUGCAGCAGUAAGAGAGCCAAGAGGAUAUAUUAUUGAUGGUGUAUUUCCAUUUUUAAUUGAUAAAGAAGAAGAAGAAUCUCAAUAUGGCAUUUUUUGUCAUGAAAAUGUUUACAUUUAUUUAGCUCCAGGUAAAUCUGCAGAAACAUUUAACAUCUUUUGUUGGUAUGGAAACAAUUCUUCAGUAGGUAAAAAAGGAGUUUGUGCUAUGUUAGCAUCACAAUUAAGUGUAUGUUUAGAUAAUCAUGCUAAAAUAUAUUAUGAGGUUGAUGGGAAUGAGUCAGAACUUUUUAAAGAAAUGUUUGAAGAAGGAAUUACAUAUACUGAUGAAAAUGCAACUGAUGAAUUACUUCAUCCACCAAAGAAAGAAAAAAGAAAAUUACGAUUAUUUAAAAUUGAUGAAGUAUAUAAAAAUUUAACUCGUGUAGAACAAGUAGAACCAAAUCAUGUUUCAUUAACUCCAUAUGAUGGUUUUGUAUUUGAUGAUAAUAAAAGAGUUUAUGUUUUUACAACAAAAUAUGCAUCUAAUAGAGUUAAGAAUAGAGCACUUCAAUUUGCAAUGGUAUUAAAAGCACAAAAUAAUUAUGAAGAGUCAGAAGUUUUUAUGGAGCCAUCACCAAAAAUGUUACUAUUUUAUAGAGCAUUAAAACUAGAUGAUAUGAAUUAUAAUGAAUUAUGUGAAUAUAUUAUGAAAGAGUAUAAACCAAUUGAAACUAAACCAUCAUUUGGAAUGUUAAUGAGAUUUACUCAUAAUACUAAAACAAGUCAAAUUGUAAAAACAAUUAAACCUGAUAAUAUUCCAUUAACGAAAAAAAUGUUAAGAAGUCAUAGAUGUUAUGUAUAUGAUUGUGGAAAUGAAAUAUUUAUGUGGAAAGGAAAGAAAUGUUCCAGAAAAGAAUGGGAAUUAUUAAAGAUGUUGGCUAAUAAAGUAAUUAUGAAAAUGGUAGAUCGUCCAAAAUGGUGUAAGAUUCAAGAUGAAUUUGAAGGAAAAGAAACAGAAGCAUUUAAAUAUCAUGUUGCAGAUUGGGAUUACACAACUACAAUUAUUACUGAUGACGAUUAUGAAAAACAUAUUAGUUUAUUAUCUAAACGUAUUGAUUAUAACGCUCUUGUAAUUAAAGAAAUUAAUGAAGCAAAGAAAGAAUUUGAAAAAGCAAAUGAAGAAGAAAAGAAAAAAGAAGGUGCAGGACAAAAGAAUGAAGAUAAUAAAGAGGAGAAUAAUGCUUCUAAACGAUUUAAAGAAAAUAUACAAAAAAAAAUUCAAUUGCUUGUUGGAAAAAAAGAGCCUAUUAUCUAUGACUACAAAUGGGAUAUUGAUGGAUAUAAAUUAAAAAUUCAAUCAAUGAUGGAAAAAAAAUGGGAACCAACAGUAUUAACUAAAGAUACAAUUGAUUAUGAAUUAAAAUAUAAUAUUACAGAAACAUUAAAAUUAACUGAUAUACAAAUUUAUGCUUUUGUUGAUAUAGUUGGACCAAGUAUUUUCAGAAUUCCUGCUGAAAAAUAUGGAGAAUUUUAUGAAGAAAACUCAUAUAUUGUUUCAGUAGAAAAAUGGGAUUUUGAGAGAGAUAUCUGGAGAAGAGAUUUUUACUUUUGGGAAGGAAAAAAAUCAACUCCAUUAUAUUACUCACAAUUCUUAAAGAAAAAUUAUCCUGUCCUUGUUGAAUAUUAUGAAAAAAAUAAAAACAGAAAAGAAAAUGAAAUGAAUGCACGACAAGCAUCUGAGAAUCGUAUUAUCUUUAAUCAACAAAGAGUCUUUCAAGGUUGUGAACCUAAAACAUUUGCAGAAUUAUUUAAUUUAAGAAUUGUAGUAAAAAAAGGUAAUUAUAAAGACACUGUUGUUAUUCAAGAAGAUAAUACUAAUUAUGAUGAAGAUGAGAAUGAAGAAGAUUAUGAAUAUGGUGAUGAGGAAGAUGAAGAAGUAGAAUAUUAUGAUGAAGAUGGAAAUUUAAUUGAGCCAGGAGAUGAUGAAGAAUGGGAAUAUGAAGAAGACGAAAUAGAAGAAGAACCACAAGAAACAGAGGAAAACAACAAAGGUAAUGAACCAAAAGAAGACAAUGAAAGUAAUGAAACAGAAAAUGGAGAAAAAGAACAAGAAGUUGAUAAUGAAAAAGAAGAAGAAAAAAAAGUAAUUGUUAAUAGAUUUUUUGAAAUAAGUAUGGAAGAUAGAACACAACGUAUUGAAGAAUUAAAUCUUGAAGAUGAAAAUGUUGGGAAAUAUAUUGAAAGUCAUCGAUGUUAUGCACUUCAAACAUUAUACUCUGUAUAUCUCUGGAUAGGUAAACAAACAGAUCAAAUUUCUCGAAUUCAAGCAAUUAGAAGUGCUAUAACACUAUUAGAAGAAGACAGAGAAUUUGUAUGUUUUGAAGAAGGAUUUCAUUAUAAUGAAUUUUGGGAUAUUCUUCAUGGAGUUGAGAAAGGAUAUUUAAGUCUCUCACCAAAAGACCUUGGGUUGGCUGCUCCAUUAACAUUUGAGAUAACACCAUUUUCACAGAAUUUUAUUCGAAUUGGAAUGAAUUGGAAACAAGCUGAUCCAUCAUCAUGUUAUAUAUUUGAUUGUAUGACACGAAUAUAUGUAUGGAUGGGAGAUGAAAGUAUUCCCUUACAACAAAAAUAUGCUAUUAAGGUUGGAUAUGAUUAUGCUGAAGAAAGAAUGAAAGAAAGAAAAAUAAACAUUGAAAUAAUAACUGAGUAUUGUGGUAAAGAAAGUGAUCAUUUUAUUAGAAUGUCUGGAGGAGAACGAAUGGAAUAUUAUGACUUACAAAAUGAUCCAAGAGAGGUUUAUUAUAAUUUAAAGAAAGAGAGUUGGGUUGAAUUACCUGAAGAAGAAAAAAUAACAGAAGAAAACCAAGAACUUAAAAUUGACUGGAGUAAAGUAAAUGAAGAUGAAUUUAAUAAUAAAAUGAAAGAAAGUAGGAAUCAAGGAAUUAAAGAAUUACAAGAAAAAGAAAAAUUAAAGGAAAAAGGAAAUAAAUUACUCCUAGAUGAAUGGAAAAGUAAUAAAGAGUUAAAUGAUUUUAUUAAAACGUUUAAGGAUGAAGAUACAGAUAUAGAAAGUCUCCCUGAUGAAGACAAAGAAUGCAAAGAAGUCACUACCAAACAGCUGAUGGAAGAAAUCAAAAAAGAAGAAGAUAAAGAAAAACAAGAAAGAGAUGAGAUUGACAAAAUGAUAGAAGAAGAACUAAAAGAAAAAUAUGGAGAUAAUAUUGAAUAUGUUGAAGAAGAUGAUGGUAAUGACGAAGAAUGGGAAGAUGGUGAUUGGGAAUAUGAAUAUGAAGAUGCUGGUGAAUAUGAAGAAGAUGGUGAUGAUGAAUACGAAAAAGAAGAUGAUGAGUAUGAAUAUGAAGAAGAAGAAGAAAAUGAAGAAAGUGAAGAAUAUGAGAGUGGAGAGGAGGAUGAAGAUCAAUUAGAAUCUAAAAAGAAUGCCACUGAAUCAAAAGAAAAAACAAUUGAAGAUCUUAGGAAAGAAGAAAAGAAGAAAGAAGAUUUAGAAAAGAAGCAAAGAAACAAAGCAGUAGACAAAAAGAACACUUACUUAAAUGAAGUAGUUGCAUGUGACUACUGUUAUGAAGAACACCCAAGAUAUUUAUUAAGAAAGAACAUUGUUGCAGACGAUAUGGAAAAUGGUAUCUGUUGGGAAUGUUGGAAAAUUUAUUUCCCUGAUGAAAAAUGGCCUGAUUUAGAACACGACAAAUAA